UGCCCUUUCCACCUGUGAAGCACUCACUCAACGGCUAUGCUAUACUCUCUACGCUGCUUCAGAAUGCAUAUUUGAACUAUCAUGGGGACACUAACUGCCGAAAUCUGCCUCAUCUCGGCCAGAGGCCUCCGCCGAUCUUCGUCUUGCUGCUGGAACCGCCUCCACUGGUACGCCGUCGCCUGGAUCCAUCCCGACCACAAAUUCUGCACCAAAAUCGACGCCCCGGGGACCGGGAAUCCCCUCUGGAACACCACAUUUGCUCACCCAAUCCCCCGGUCACAAUCUCAUCCCGCUCUUCAUGUCGAGGUCUACAGCCGAGAGCCGGUGUUUCUCCGCCAGACCUUCCUCGGAUCCGCCACCGUUCCUCUCAACGAAUUUCUGGAGAAACACACCGGAUCGGAGCGAGUGGGAAGCUUUCAGCUGAGGACGCAGAAAUCCGACAAAGCCGUAGGGUUUGUCGAUAUCUCCAUUCGAAUUUCCGAUUCCGAAGAGGCUGAAACUGGAUCUUCGCCUUUAGGGGCAAAUGAUGGAUUUGAUUUAACUGGCGGAUCGUUACGGCCGGCGGCGAGGCCUUAUCCGUACACACCGAGCUAUCCUCAGCACCACCAAUUUGGCGGCGGGAAUCACCUUAAUAAUCUGCCUCCGCCACCGCCACCGCCGAGUGGCGGAUCUGGUCCAUAUUGUAAUGGUCCUUGGACUCCUAGCAGUUACAUAAGCAUGCCAUCUUCAGUAGGUCAGGGACGUCCGGCGGUUCCGGGAUUUGGAAUGGGUGCGGCGGCGGGGGGAGCGUUGGCCGCGGGUACCAUGAUCUACGGCGGUGAUAUAAUGUCGGGACUUCGAACUCCGGGAGCUUCGCUUGAUGCGAGUGUUAGUGUGUCGGCAUAUCCUCCUUUUUAGGCCAUUUGGGCGUGUACGUAUUUGGUUUGUUCACGCUUGGAAUUUUAAGCAACUUUUUAUUAUUAUAUUUUAAAAAUAUUAUACUCAUUCUUCUAAAUCUCUGUCAGUGUU